GCGGCUCCGCCUCCCUCUCAGCACCGACCGACAGCAGAGCCAGUCCGCCCGCCACCCCGAAGCCCCUUCAGCUCGGGCUUGAACGCGUUUCCUCCUCCCUUAAUUCUCCACGAACCGGGCUCGGUACCGCGCUCUGCCAAGGCGAUCCGACCUCCACCGAACUAAACGCGCUCAUCACUUCGCCGGAAGCUCCGACAAAAGAGUCCAACUUUACAGGAGCAUCGGAGAAGUUUGUUUUUCUUUCUUUUUUUUUUUUUUUUUGUCCACAGUUUCUGGCCCCGUCGCGGGGGCAGGACAACAGAACCAGGCCAGCAACGGGUGGGGAGAAAGGCGACCGUACGAUGUGGAUCUGGUACCUUCUGCUUGGUUCGGGGUCAGGCUCCAGAACUGUUGAGAGCCAACUGCUUCCUGGGAAUAACCUCACUGCCGAGUGCAACAUUGCCGGGAACGUCAUGUGUGAAGAUGGAACGUGUGUCCCUAGCAGGUCGCACUGUGACAGAGCGCCCGACUGCUUUAAUGGGAGCAACGAGAGAGGCUGUGCUAAGGUCAAGCCAAAGUGUACUUCCACGUUCUUCGCCUGUGCUAAUGGUCUCCACUGCAUCAUCGGAAGGUUCCGCUGCAAUGGCUUCAGCGACUGUCCUGACGGGAGUGACGAAGAGAACUGCACGGGCAACCCACUAGUGUGCUCAGAGGCUCGCUUCAAGUGUCGAAACGGCCGUUGUGUAGACCAAAGUUUUAUCUGCAAUGGCCAAGACAACUGUAAGGACAACAGUGACGAGGAGCUCUGCGUUACCACAGCAGAAACCCCUGGCUUUGUGACGCUGGACCAUAGUCUGCGCUAUUACCCCAGCAUUACCUACGGUGUCAUCGGCAGCGCCAUCAUCUUUGUCCUGGUGGUGGCGCUGCUGGCGUUGGUCCUUCAUCACCAGAGGAAACGGAGCGCCCUGCUGCCCAGGAGCGUGAGGGGAAGCGCGCAUCACCACCAGCCCCUCCUGCUGUCCCGUCUGGUCAUCCUGGACCGGGGUCACGUUCAUGCCGGGGGUCCGGGUCUCUCCGCUGGCUCUAACAACUCUGCGGGCCAGUUCAGCUCAACUCCUCAGGUUUUGCACCUGCUGUCCAGGACCGUGUACCCCUCCUCAGUUUCCCUGGACUCGCCUCCUUCAUACUCAGAAUCAGUUCUGGAUGUCAGUCGACCGCCUUGGUUUGAUCUUCCUCCUCCGCCUUACCUCAAAGAUUGGGAACUUUCUUCAGAGGGAAAUCUUCCUGAAUACGACGGUCCACAGGAGGGUGUGAGUCACCCCACAGCUCCUGACUAUGCAUCCCUACAUCCCACAAUGGUGCUACUGGACUCGCAGACGGCUUCCAGUCCAAGAGAGGAGUCAGACUACCUGUAGCCCCCCCGUCAGGUAGACUGGUAGGACUUAGGAAAGACAAGCAGCUGGAUUCCCUGAUCUGGCUGUAGAGCUGUCUAAGACUAAAGGACAGUCAGAAGUAAAGACGUUUUGGAAGAGAUUCAGAAGCGUAAAUCAACCUUAACAGGGUCUCAAACUGGCCACCUUCACGUCAACUCACUGAAGCUCCAGGCCAGGCCAGCUCCUGUAGACUGACCCUGUGUGCUGGCUCCCUCUGCUGGCCUGGCAGAUUCAUUACAUGUUCGUGUGUGGCACUCGUCGGUUCAGUUUGUAUUCAUUUACUUCAGUUGAAUUGUGCCCUCCUUGAGGACAUGAUGUGUAUUAUACUUACCAGCGAAGGCUCCAGAGAAGAACACACUAAUCACCCUCUUUGUUGUAGUGCACUUCUGAUUAGCUAAGUGUAAAUGUUGAAGUACUUUAAAACAGUCCACAAUGUUUCUUCUGACAUUUGAAACGUGAUUUAAUUUGUUUUAGCCUAAAUUGUUACAUUUCCAGAUAUUAGAAAAGGAAACCAACAAAUUGUUUGUCAGUUCAUCAGAUGAACCGUCAUAUGAUACUAUGGUUGUAGAGACACUGAAAGAAACUAAUAGUCGCUUGUUUGAUAUAACAUUAAACAGAUCAGUUUAGGCUUUAUUCUAUUUAUUUAGUGUUUUCUAUUGUGUUUCAUCUUCUCAUUUGGUUAAUUACCAGAACAAUAUGUAAAGGACCAUUUAUGUUAUUAGACAAUAUUUCUUCUUGAUUUUCUGAAAUCAUUCCUAGUCAAAGCAGGAGAACAGAGAUUUUUGGAAAUUAUAACAGGCUUCAUAAGCAGUCUUGUGUGAAAGUUAUUUUCCAGGUCUAAACAAGAAUGUAAAAGGGGAAAUUGGGUUUGACAAAAAAAAA